UAAUUUCGCACCCGGCCCACCACGCACGUAUAUAUACCGGGGGAAAACGGCAGAUUUUGACCGGGCUAUGGAUAGCGGAAUCGAGAGUAAUCGUUAAAGAGUCGAAUUCGCUGGAUUAAACGCGUAGGAAUGAUUUAAAUUGGAUUUAAAACCCAACGCAUACCCGUAGGCUUGGUCCAGCGCGGUACUGGUCCACAUCUGACCGUCGGUGGUGACUCACGGAGAUCGGGCCGUUAACGGAGCAUUGCUGACUGGUCGGAUAUAUAUCUACGGAUUUCAGCAUGAAGUUUAAACCGAACCAGACGCGGACGUACGACCGGGAGGGAUUCAAGCGGCGAGCGGCGUGUCUGUGCUUCAAAAACGACCGGGAGGAUGAGGUGUUGUUGGUCAGCAGCAGCAGAAACCCGGAUCAGUGGAUUGUUCCUGGCGGUGGAAUGGAGCCUGAGGAGGAGCCGUGUGGAGCCGCGGUGCGGGAGGUCUAUGAGGAGGCUGGGGUGAAGGGUAAAUUAGGACGUUUACUGGGUGUGUUUGAGCAGAACCAGGACCGGAAACACCGGACGUACGUGUAUGUGCUGACGGUCACAGAGACGCUGGAUGCCUGGGAGGAUUCAGUCAAUAUUGGCCGUAAGCGAGAGUGGUUUUCUGUCGACGAGGCCAUCAGAGUUCUGCAGGGCCACAAACCAGUUCACGCCGAAUAUUUAAGACGCCUCCGGAUCAAUCGCUCGUCCUCCACCAACGGGAACCUGCUCCUGCCGCAGACAAACCCCAGCAACCUCACACCGCUCUUCAGCACACCAGCCUCAGCUACUCGCAGAUAGGACACACACUCACACUCACUCAUCACUGUCUACAUCACACACCAUUUCCCUGCAUAUGUAACACCUUUGGGACGUUCUGUAGAGGGACACACCAAAAUCUGUGUGGGAUUUUGAGUGAAGAAUGCCUUAAUGAUUUGUUUAACUGUCCACUGAUUGGUUUUUAGUAGUGCUGGGCAAAGAUUAAUAAUCACCAUUAAUUGCACCCAAAAUAAAAGUUUGUUUUGACUUAGUAUAUGAGUGUGUGUUAUGUAUAUCUAUUAUGUAUAUGUGAUAAACACACACUAAACUAUUUUGUUACAUAGAUCUUUAAAUUUAUAUAUAAUUUUCAUCAUAUAUUGAUAUAUAUAUCUAAAUAUAAAUAAACAUUCUCUCAAAUAUA